AUGAACAUAGUUGGCAAACUCCCAACCGCACCAAGUCAAAAAGUCUACAUGCUCGUGUUGACAGACUACUUCGGUAAAUGGAUCAAGGCAGAAGCCUACCACCAAGCGAGGGAUAGGGAAGUGAAGAAUGUCAUUUGGGAAAAUGUUAUAUGCAGAUUUAGGGCACCUAAAGAGACCGUGACAGACAACGAAUCUCAGUUCAUCAGCUUCGACCUCCAAAAAUUAUGUAUAUUUUGGAACAUCAAGCUCAGCUUCUUGACGCCAAGGUAUCCCCCAGAAAAUGGACAAGCAGAGUCAUCCAACAAGACAAUCAUGAACACCAUCAAGAACUUCCUUAAGAAGGAUAAGGGAAGGCGGUCAGAUGAGUUGCAGGGAGUCUUAUGGUCUUAUCGAACCACAACUAGGACUUCAUACAGGAGAAACACCAUUCUCGAUAGCCUAUGGGAUGGAAGCAGUCAUCCCUACCGAGAGUUAAGUUCCAACAUCCAGUUAUGA